AUUCUCCCUAUCUACUCUUAUCAAUUUUCUCCGAUUAGCCGAGACUGUGAAAUAUGUCGGUGUGCAACGAUGUUUCGCCGGAUUGCCCGACGGUCCUUGCCCAGCUCAGAGAUGAUAAGAAGUUCAAAUACAUCAUCUAUAAAGUUGUCAACAGUAUGUUGGUUACCGACACCACCGCCUUGGACGGUGACUGGGAUGACCUUAAAGAACGUCUGCUCAGCGACCACCCGAAAUAUCCAGCAUUCGCUAUCUACGACUUUGGCCAAGAUUAUCAACACAAGCUUGCCUUCAUCUCCUGGCUACCAGACGCAGUCCCCCCGAGUAUCAAGAUUACUCAUGAAUCCAACCGGGCUGUUGUCAAGACAAUGCUCGAUAGCCCCAGCAUUGACAUUUACGCUAGCGACUCUGCGGAUCUAGACGAGGGUCCUAUCCUUGAGCACCUCGAUAAGGUCUGAGCAUACUGUCAUUGUGCGCAAAGAAUGGAUGCUCAUUAUUAUGAUGGUGGCCCUUAGAGGUAGCGGUGGAUGAACAUCCAUGGCCAU